AUGGAUGAUUCUUUCAAGUACUACUCUGAUAAAAGAGACCAAAGAUCUCUAAACAGUCAUCGUAACAGUGACGUUAUCACAAGAAAUGGUUUACAUGGAGAACUCAACUACCGUGCCUCCGUUCCCAUCCAUGAUUAUAGCACAAACUGGCAACUUUCUGGCAGUCAGGAGUCUACUACUAGGAGAAUGGAUGGGGGUAAUGUCAACUACGGUUUUGAGAACCCAAGUGAUGGAUAUAUGAUUUACAAUGGAAGAGAAAGCAUACCUAUCACACACCCACCAGUGCCACUUGGAGAAAACGUAACUGUGAUGCCAAACCGGGAUUCAAGCCAGCCGAUGUUCAGCGGUUUCAGUACUGGCAUCCCAACAGAUGACAUAGAGCUUCAGGCCUUUGGACAAAGAUCACAAGCAGGGUCUCUGAGAAACGAGGAUUGGAGGAACUCUCAGUUUGAGCAGAGGCAACAACACCAUGUGGGGAGAGAUACUUGUGGACUGAAUACGAGUACUGAUAUUUCCGAGUACGAAUCUGACAUCUCUAAACGGGAAAGAGCACUCGGUUUGACCUUCUUUAAACUGUUUACCAUUAUUGUGAUUCUUUGGGACACUGUUGCUGAUUGGAUGGUUGUACUGAAGUUUGAUGACCAUACUUGCUAUACAAAUACUGAAAUCGAUAAAACAUUACUUAUGCAGAGACCAAUGUGUGGCACAGAUAGAGAAAAAAUGCGUCAGGUCUUUUCUGUAGUCACGAUGUUAGGCUCUGUAAUUGGCACCCUUCAGAUUAUCAGCAUCAUUCUUGACAUUUUGUACAACUGGGGAUUGGCGACGUUCAGACUAAGCCAUGCUCAGUAUGACCUAUAUGUAAGUUUGUAUUUUGAAGAAAUCCCACAAGCCAUCAUCCUUCUAGUUUUCAACUACAACUGCACCUGCGAUGUCCAAGGCCGCACUCUUUCACUUGUGGCAAUGAUCAGUGGAUUUGCAAGCUGCGCAUUUCGAUAUGGGUCAAGUUUUAGAAGCCUCAGAGGAAACCGUGGCUGCUGCAACACCUGGUGGAGGUGCUGCUGCUGCCGACAGCAGGAAUAUUUUUGCCACAUUGGUUUUGAGGAUUGCUUCUGCAAGUGCGACAUCCCCUGCCCGUUGUUGUGCUGCACACUGCGCUGUGACGGCUGCCGCUGGACAAUAAACACAUGGUGUGCUGGAUGGCUGCAGAUGUUUUCAUGCCUCUGCAGCGGUUGCUCGGAGGAUAAGACCAUGUUUGGAGUACGCAUCAUGAACAGUCUGGGCGUAAUAUGUUUGUUCACUUGCAUUUUGGCCAUUGGUAUUCUUUGGGGUGUCGUACCUCAUGCAGGUUAGCAGUCAUUGAGAGCCAACUAAGCUCCAAGCUGGCAGCUAGAUUGUGAUUCUGUGGGGAAUCGGGCAGAAUUACAAACAUACAUUCAUUAUGUGCAUUGAACUAACACUAAUUACUUUUUGUUCUAAAUGUUAGAGUUGUGUAGGAAAAUAAACCAAUAACUAACACGAGAGAUGAUUGUGUGUGUGUCUGUGAGUGAGUGUGUGAGAGAGACAAAUAGAGCCAAUAACUGGUUUUUGUUUUAAGAUAUUGGCUUUAUUCUGCGAAGGAUCAUUAUUUAUUACAGUUUUGUGUACAUAAAUAGAGUAUUUUGCCGUAUGAUGUUAUACAAGAUACAUGACGUCAUUAUUUGUAAGACGCUAGCUACAUUUUGUCACAAUAAAAAAGCAUAUAUAAAGUUGUAUAUUGUUAUCGCAAAAUGAAAAGUUAUUUGUAGGCCUAUUUACUGCACUUCGGCAAAUGAUUUAAAGAGUAUGUUUAUUGAAAAUGUACUCUGAAAUACUCAAGUCGAGUUGGGCUUAUGUCACGUGACCUAUAUUUUUGGUCAGUGACCGAAAAUAUAGAGAUUUAUCUACUAGUCAUCAUAUCUUGCCAAUGUAUACAAUAAUUGCUGGUUAAAUAGGGAUACAGAGUGGGACAGUGUGUGAAAGAGAGAGAGAGAGAUGGAGAAAGAGUUUUCUUAUAUGUACCCAUUUCUCUCUCACCUUCACCCCAUAUUAAGUAAGGUACCAUGGCAUUCCACCUUUCUUCUUUAGGUACUACUAAAUGCUAUACGAGGACAAAUUUAUGCAGAAGAAUUUAUGCAUUCAUAUGGCAGUGUUCACAAAGAUGUCAAAAGGUUAUCACAAUAUUAUAAAGUUGUGCACAAGGCAUCAGAACCGUUUUCACUCCCACACAUUUGUACUUUUAAAAUAUUUAAGGAUUGAUGGCAAUUGUUUUUGGUUCAUGCAAGUAUGAACCGAAAAAACACAAUGUAUGAGUGUGUAGAUAGUCAUACAAAACUGUGCACAUUGUUGCAGUCAAUUCUUAUAAUUAAAUUUAUAUGCAUAUUUUGACCAUACAUGUCUGAAUUUGU